AAUUGCCGGCUGUGUGGGGUUGCGGAGGGCGGAGUUGAGCCGCGGGGAUUAUUAGCCUUACCUCGAAUGGGCAACCAAAGCCGCAUCUCGCUGUAAAAAUCGGCUUGAGGAACUGGAAAGAGUAAGUUUUACGAACAAGAAUGAUUCAUGGGGCCCCCAAACCCUGAAAUGUUAUACUCAUUUGGUCCCUUGCUCGGGUUGAUGGCAUGAUGGCAGGGAAAGAGAUUAUCCGCUUCAAGGACAAGACCCGACCAAUUUCACCGGACUCAACUUCCUGUGAAAAAAACGUGGCCGUCCGUAAGCUUCACGAAGAAAUCCUCCGCAGCCUGCCACUGAACACGCUCUACGUUGGGCUUCACCUCCGAGACGACCCGCCUAAUUUCAACGACUUCCAAUGGGGUCUCUAUUUUCAUGACAACUCGAACGCGAUAGCACGUCAUGGACACCGGAUUUUGUCAGGGACCGGCGGUGUCUUUAGAUCCAACUUUCUGUGUGUUAUACCUGGGAUUACUUGCCGCGUUUGGGUGCUCGCUAUUUUGCGGAAGCUUAUCGAGCGCGGUACUGUGCAGUGCCCCAGUGUCGGCAAUCAGUACGUGGCCAAUGCUUCCGGCAAUCACCAGCCACGUCCACACGUCCAAUUGUAG